CCCGGCAGAGACGGAGCAAACCCACCGGAGCGCGGGCAGCGGACCCGACCGGCUCCCCGCGGGAUCCCAGAGAGCCACCGGAUCCCCCCCUGCUCUGCCUGACAAGGGGGCGAAACGGACCCGACCCCCUGCCAAGGCGCAGCCAGCCGAACUGGAUCCCCCUUACCCAUCAAGCCUGGAGCAAAAGGGGGCAAAACCCACCCGAUCUCCGCUGCUGCCAGAUCCCAGCUCUGGGACCCACUGGAAGGGACCAGAUCCCAGCUUGGCGACCCAGGGAAGGGACAGUGAGCAGGACGCCCCCCCCCAUUUGGACAACCAAGGGGGAAGGAACUGACUGGAUCCCCGGGCACAGACCGGAUCCCGAGCCAGGCUCCAGGCUGGAGCUGGAGUGAAACGAGUCGCGCUCACCUGCUGCCUUCCAGCAGCCCGGGAUCCAGAUCCCCCCAUCCCCAAAGGGCUGCAAGGGACUGAAUCCCCACCACCAGCCUGAGGGAAAAGGAUCAAAAGCAACCAGAUCCCAGCUCCAAAACAGCAAAUCUGACCCCCUAACCAGAUCAACCCCAACUCAAUCCCAGCCCAGAAACCCAGCAAAUGUAACCAGAUCCCCCCACCUGGGAGGAAAAGGGGGUGACAGAGACCAGAUCCCAGGCCAGAAGCACAGAGGCACUGACCGGAUCCCCCUAGCCUGGUCCAAAAGGGGAUCCCCCUCCCACCAGAUCAGACAUGCCUCGGGCCUUUCUGGUGAAGAAAUCCUGCAUCUCCACCGGGAAGAGGAACUGGAGUGAGCUCCCGGAUGAGGAAAGGGGGGAGAUCUACGUGCCCAUCUCGCUGGGGGGCUAUGCCCUGCAUAGGGACCCGGAGCCCUCGGUGGCUGAAGCUCCCUCGUCCCCCCUGGACAUGACACUACGGGACGGCGGCUUCGGGGUCCCUCAGCUGCCCGGAGAGAUGGGGCCACCCCCCCCGCAGCCCCCCACCUUCCUGCGCCCCAAGAGGAAGGUGAUGGGCGACCCCAGCCCGGUGCUCUUGUGCCCCGUCUGCCAGAAGAGCUUUGGGCACCAGCGGAUGCUAACGCGCCAUCUCAAGUGCCACAGCGAGGUGAAGCGGCACCGGUGCCCGUACUGCGCCAAGGGCUUCAACGACACCUUCGACCUCAAGCGCCACGUCCGCACCCACACCGGCGUGCGGCCCUACAAGUGCAGCCUGUGCGAGAAGGCCUUCACGCAGCGCUGCUCGCUGGAGUCGCACCUCAAGAAGAUCCACGGGGUGCAGCAGCGCUACGCCUACAAGGAGCGCCGGGCCAAGCUGUACGUGUGCGAGGACUGCGGCGCCACGGCCGACAGCCACGAGGCCCACGUGCUGCACCUGCGCCAGCGCCACCCCGACAGCCCCCUGCUGCACAAGGCCACCCGCAAGGCCCCAGCCCUCGGCCCCGGGCCUGCCCCCAGCCUGCCCCACGGCGCCCAGGGCCCCUGAGACGGACGCUGGGCCCUGUGGCUGGAGGAGACACGGCGUCCCCUGCUGGCCAGGCUACAUGGUGCCCCCCAGCCCCUUAUGGGAGGCAGGGUCCCAGGAGCUGGCGCCCCCAAAUGGACCAUCCAGAUGGCGCCCCCUGCUGGCUGUAUGGGAGAUGGUGCCCCCUGCUGGCUAGAGGAGACACGGUGCCCCCUGCUGGCAAGGGCAGAUGGCGCCCCCUGCCCCACACCCCUGCCACUAUAUGGGGGGGUCCCAGGAGCUGGUGCUCCCGAUGGACUGUUCAGAUGGCACCCCCUGCUGGAUGGCACAGGUGCUGCCCCCUGCUGGCUGUAUGGGAGACGGUGCCCCCUGCUGCUUGCCCGGGGGUCCAGGAGCUGGUACCCUCCGAUGGACCCCCCCAUGGUAUCCUCUGCUAGCUAGAGGGCAGAUGGCGCCCCCUGCUGGCAGUCUGGGGUCCAGGCGCUGGCACCCCCUGCUGGGGUACCCAUGGUGCCCCCUGCUGGCAAUCUGGGAGACGGCACCCCUUGCUGGGCCGCACAGACCCUGCCCCCCCUGCUGGGGGUCUGGCUGGGGG